UAUACAUCUUUUUGUUUUCCUCACAGAUCAGCAGAAAUGCUCAGAGAUGGAAGAGAUCAAAAGAAAAAAACAUAAAAGAGAACAAAAAAAGAAAAAAGGCGAUUUGAGGUUGCAAAAAUUCUUGGAAAUUCACAAAACCAACAAUAAGGAGAAAGUUGAACUGAUUUUUGAGGUCAAGGAAGAAAAUGGAGCACAUCUCAAGGAUGUUUACAUAGAUCUCUUCAUCACAGAGGGAGACAUUGAAGAUGUCAAACAGGAACAUGAGAUUCUGAAGAUUGAUGAUGCUUUCAAGAACAAAAAAACACAGAACAAACCAAUAAAAUGCAAUGCUAUAUUUACUGAACUGAGGAAAAAUAAUGAGAAAAAGAUUGUGCUGACCAAGGGCAUCGCUGGCAUUGGGAAAACUGUCUCUGUGCACAAGUUCAUCCUGGACUGGGCAGAAGGAAAAGCCAAUGAGGAUAUACACUGUGUGUUCCUGCUUCCAUUCCGAGAGAUCAACGUGCUUAAAGACAAAGAGGUCAAUCUCCAUGAGUUUCUACAGGUAUUUUAUCCUGAACUAAAAGAAUUGGAAAAAUUAAACGUGUUUGAGAAAUAUAAAGUGGCUUUUAUAUUUGAUGGACUUGGAUUUUGUAAGCGGAAUUCUGUCAUCUGUUGA